CAGCCCGGGCUCCAGCAUGCAGGGCUCUGGACGGGACCUCGGCACCUCGAACUUCACUGGGUCCAGCCACUCAGUCUCAGCGUCCCAGGGUCCCUCCGGCCAGAACCUGACCCCUGCCAACCACAGCGACCCGUUCGCCAGGAACGAGAGUUUGGCCAGGACCGAGAUCUCGGUGCUGGGCAUUAUCUUCCUGCUGGCUGUCAUUGGGAACCUGACCGUGCUCUUGGCUCUGUGUAAGACCAAGAAGAAGAUGUCGAGGAUGCAUCUGUUCAUCAGGCACCUGAGCCUGGCCGACCUGACGGUCGCUGUCUUCCAGGUCCUACCCCAGUUCAUCUGGAAGGUCACCUACCGCUUCCAGGGUCCCGACUUCCUCUGCCGCAUCGUUAAACACCUCCAGAUUUUCGGCAUGUUCGCGUCCACCUACAUGAUGGUCAUGAUGUCCGUGGACCGCUACAUCGCCAUCUGCCACCCACUGAAAACUCUGCAGCAGCCCACCAAGAGGUCCUACAUCAUGAUCAUCGGCACCUGGGUGCUCAGCUUCCUCCUGAGCAGCCCUCAGUCCUUCAUCUUCUCGCUCCGGGAGAUCGAGGAGGGCUCCGGGGUCUACGACUGCUGGGCAAACUUCAUCCUGCCCUGGGGCAUUAAGGCUUACAUCACCUGGAUCGCCCUCGGCGUCUUCGUCGUCCCAGUGCUCACCAUGGUGGCCUGCUACACUUGCAUCUGCUACAACAUCUUUAAGAACAUCAAAUACAAGACCCAAGCCUUGUCCGAUAGCUCCUUCAAGAACGGCCUGAUCACGUCCGGGGUCAAUAACGUGAAAACCAUCUCCAAAGCCAAGAUCCGAACUGUAAAGAUGACUUUGGUGAUCGUUCUGGCUUAUAUUGUGUGCUGGGCUCCCUUCUUCACUGUGCAGCUGUGGUCUGUCUGGGACAAGAAGGCUCCGAAAGACGAUUCGACAGACACUGUAUUUACCCUCACUAUGCUGCUUGCAAGUCUGAACAGCUGCUGCAAUCCUUGGAUCUACAUGUUCUUCAGUGGCCACCUCCUGAGCGACAUUGUCCAUUUUUUCCCUUGCUGCCAUAAAAUCACUCAGAAACUGAAGAAGGAGGAUUCAGAAACCAGCAUCAAGAGGCACACCCUGCUGACAAAGGUCAGCCACAGGAGCCCAACAUUCAGCUCGUACAACUGGAAGGACAAUGACACAUCCCCCCAGUCUUUGCAGCCUACACCAAUAGAGACCUGAGGCAACCUGAUUGUUAGCUAGUCUACUCUCCACCCCCAUUAACAUUGUUAAUAUUAUCUUUAAAUGCACUGCCACUGAGUUGGUGAUCAAUGAUCAGAUUAUCCAAAGCUUACUCUUACAUUCAUAGCACUUUAAUAAUCAAUGCCCUAGGUCAUAAUUUGAUGGGAAGGACUGAAGAUUAAGUAUAACCCAGGUAAUGGAUAGCAUCAAUCCAAUCGCACCCCAAAAUCAUCGCAUUUAUUUUUGCUGACAUUUUUUUUUUAGUAGGAAUAAAAUGGUCAGUCUUGUGGUUAUUGUGUACAAAAGCUGGUGAUCGUGGAUAUACUGCAAAUGAUUGAAAACACUCAGCAAACAUGCCACCAUUUUUUCUUUAUUCUUUUAAUGGAUGCGGGAGUCGUUGGCUCAGCCACUUGUUGCCCAUCCCUAAUUGCUCGUGAACUGAGUGGCUUGCUAGCAUUUCAGAGGGCAGUUAAAAGUCAAACACAAUGCUGUGGGUCUGGAGUCACAUGUAGGCCAGACCGGGUAAGGACAGGUGUGGGUCUGGAGUCAUUUUGAAUCAGAGGAUCGUAGACAGUUUAUGGCACAGAAAGAGGCCACUUAGCUCAUCGCGCCUGCGCUGGCAGAUAAACGAGUCCAGCCUAAUCCCAUUUUCCAACAUUUGGUUCAUAGCCCUCCAUUUGAGGUGCAUAUCCUUUUAAAUGAGUUGAGGGAUUCUGCCUCUACUACCCUUUCAGGCAGUGAGUUCCAGAUCCUUACCACCCUCUGGGUGAAAAUACCUUUCCCCAUCUCCUCUCUAAUCUUACUACCAGUCACUUUAAAUCUAUGCCCCUGGUCACUGACCUCUCUGCUAAAGUAAAUAGACCCUACCCAUCCACUGUUUUCAGGCCCCUCACAAUUUUGUACAUCUCAAUCAAAUCUCCCCUCAGCCUCCUCUGUUCUAAGGAGAACAAUCUCAGCCCACCUAAUCUUUCCAGUCCUGGCAACAUUCUCGUAAAUCUCCUCUGUACUUUCUCUGAUACAAUUACAUUCUUUCUGCAAUGAGGUGACCAGAACUACACAGAGUCUUCAAGUGAGAGCCUAAAUAAUGUUUAAUAUAGUGCCACCAUAACCUCCCUCCCUGCUCUUAUAUUCUGUGCCUUGGCUAAUAAACAAAAGGAGUCUAUAUGCCUUCUUAACCAUCCUAUUCUGCUUUGGGAAUCUGUGAACAUGUCAGCCGGACCAGAUAAGGGCAGUAGAGUCCCUUCCCUAAAGGAUAUUUGUGAAGUAGAUGGGUUUUCACAACAGUCAAUUCCAGAUUUUUUUUUCAUUGAAUUUGAAUUCCACCAGCUGCCAUGGUUGGAUUUGAGCCCCAGAUAAUUAGCCUAGGCCCCUGGAUUAUUAGUCCACUGACAUUACCACUAUGCCACCAUCUUCCCAACCUUUCACAUGUAUAGUGGAUUAGUUAUACAUCUGUAUGUUAAAUGGUGAAACUUGUAUAGCACUGAAUUAUAUUUCAUCCAAUUCACAACAUAGGAUCAAAAAAUCUAAAGAAACAUUUCAAGACUUUGGAGUAUGAUUAUUCCCAAACAUCUGCAGAGCCCAGCUGUCAAUAUAGUCCUAUAGUCUGUUUUUUACUUUAUUCUUUCAUGGGAUGUAGAUGUCACUGGCAAGGACAGCAUUUGUUGCCCAUCCUUAAUUGCCCUUGAACUGAGUGGUUUGCUCAGCCUUUUCAGAGGGCAGCUAAGAGUCAAUCACAAUUGGUAACAAAUGAAAAGUGACAAAAAACCCUUAGAUAAAAUAUAUUUAAUCCAAUUUAUAAAACUGUUGGAUUAUUCUGUUAUGUUAUGAAUGACUAAAGAAGUAACACCACAGUUGCCCUUAAAACAAUUUUUUCCAUUUUCUAUUCCCCCCAACACUCAGAAGCAAUGACAACUCUCCAGCAGCCCAUCUAAGUGCCACCCAUCAUGUGGACCAGGCUAUUCCAGCAUGGAGUGAUUAAUACCCAAUGCCAAUCAUGUCCACAUCCAACAUUCCCAAACACAUGCAUUCCAUCCGAGAUUAUUGGAUAGCGAGUCACUAGAUAAUAAUUACAAAGGAGAGGCCCAGUUGAUUUUUUUCCCCUCCCCUUCCCAGAGCAAAACCUUACACCCUCUGACUCAGUAUUAUAUGAUACAUUGCAUUUACCCAUGGAGAAACUGUAUACUAUGGGAAGCUAUAAAUUGUAUAUUUUAAGGUGGAUCUCAGCAAUGAUGAAUGUAAAUAGGUAUUUCUGAUAACCUCUAUGAAUUUCAAGAUUGUUAAGUUGGUCUAGCCAAUUGACUACCAGUUAAUUGCAUCAAUGAGACCUGAUUCCCUCCUAAGUAUAAUCUGGAUUAUGGCUCCAUAGUUAGUAUGGUGGCAGUCUACAUUGUUGGCAUUCUAUUAUGGUGUGUAGACUGGUCAACCAAGUCUCCACACUGUCGCUUAGCUUUGUGUACCCUUCUGUGUACCCUGUUUAGCAAGGGCGGAGGCAGAUUGUAACAAAUGAAAGGCAAACUACAAAAAAAGUCUAAAUAUAAAUUCAGGGAAAGGGAAAUAUAAACCUUCAGUAGGAGCGUGAUCCAAUCUUUGAAAGAAAAUCAGUAAGAUUAACAGAAAGAAGAGGGUGAAGUACCUCCUGCAAAAAGCAUUACUGGAAAGGUAAAAGUAAUUGAUGAAAUGAAGGAAAAGCCUUAGGAAAGCCUUAGACUGGGAGAAACCGGUUGACAGACACAGAAAACAACAGGUUUGAAAAUGACUGACUUGUCAGGGAAAGCAACAGCAGCAAGAUGUUGCGGCUUGGACAUCAAGUGAGAAUAUUAUCCGGUGUGACUGACAGGUGUAAAUACAUAGUUAUGCUGGGAAUAUUGGCAGAAGUGAGAAAAAUACACCUAUUUAAUGAAGUAGUGGCAUUAUGUCCCAGUUGACUUGGACACCAGGAUAGUCAUAGCGCCAUAGAGGUCUACAGCACAGAAAAAGGCCCUUCGGCCCAUCGUGUCUGCACCGGUCAAACAAGAACCUAACUAUUCUAAUCCCAUUUUCCAGCACUAGGCCCAUAGCCUUGGAUGCCAUGGCAUCGC